GUCUAAUUUUUUGAGUUUGUUUUGAUUGUUUUGGGUUUAUUUUGGUAAUUUAAUUGUUAGUGAUUAGUGCAUUUUUUUCUUCUUCUAAAUUAACCCUUAACCUUUUCUUCUUGUCAUCUUUUCUUAAAUCGAAUUUGAUUUUCCUGUAUUAUGACUUAACCAUUUACUCUGGAAAAUGAAUUUUUCAACAAAUGUUUUCUUCAAUGUCUUGGAUCGAUGGAUUUUUCCUCUGUAUCUCUAAAUUGUCAUCGUAUAAAAGUAUUGAAAUCUAUCAGAUUAUCGAUUAUGGAUUAAAUUAAUUUAUACUAAUCAACCCUUAAAACGAUCUGACAGUUUACGAUUUAGUUACUUUGUUUCUAUAUUCAUGUAAAAAAUAAUCUUUUUUUAGUCUAUUCUGAUCAAUUUCAUCAAAGAACAAAAUAUAAAAUUCAUUGGUAAUGAACCUCCAAGAGCUACUUCAGGAAUUCAACCCUAGCAAUUUCGUGGUUUACACAUGUCUCCUUCUAUUCAGUAUCCUGUUUGCUUUCCGUUUAGAUGGAACCAUAAGCUUGAGCUAUUGGCUCGUUUUCAUGCCUCUUUGGAUUUGGAAAUGUUUAGUUAUUCUUGGUGCUAUAGUUGGUUCUCUAGUUUGGAUUCGAAAUCCCGAAUAUCGGCUGAGCGAAUCAUCAUAUAUUCACUUUAAAUCCAUGCUAAUCAGCUUAUCCCUACAAUUGUUACUCCUGAUGUUUGAACUUCUUGUCUGUGAUAAACUUGAAUCCGGUAGACACAUGUGGAUAUUAGCAUUUAUCCCAUUGAUAUUUAUUUCUCUUCUUUCAAUGGCCAUUUGUAUUUGGGCCUUUAAAAAUGAUCGUGCCUUUGAAUUGGAAGUUUUCUGCGCUGUAAAUGUGCUUCAGUUUAUUUUCAUCGCUCUUCGUCUUGAUCGUUUCAUCAACUGGUCUUGGGUUGUUGUUUUCGUCCCUUUCUGGAUCGUAAUGUGUCUCGCUAUCAUCGCUGUUCUUUACGCUCUUAUUUUUGCUGCAAUUCUUUUACGAACACCGGAAGUUGCAAUUGAGCAACGAAAAGCCAGUAUCCAUUCAGCAAUUUCAUAUUCUCUGGUGGUGAUUCCACUGCUUAUUUUUCUGGUCCUUCUUUCCAAUAAAUUGGAUACAACAUCCGAUUUCGCCUUCUCACCUUUAAGGUCCACUCUUCUACACACUCCCGUUAUUGACCAUUUAAGACCAUCUUACUUUACAAUAUGUAUUCCUCUUUACUUUUCUUUCCUAAUACUUAUCUGCCUCUCUUUUAAUAGUAAAGGAAACAAUCAAUGGUGGUUCGGUAUGAGGAAAGAUUUUUGUAGUUUUCUCCUUUCUGUGUGUCCAUGUCUACGAGAAUAUGGUAAUAUCUCAUACAAUAAGCAGAAUAGUAACUUGAGUAGUCGCCAUGGAAGUCAAAAUGUCAUCGAUUCUGAUCAAGUGUCUAAUAGCACUAAUCCUGUUACCGGUGAUGAGAAUAGUAAAUACAAAGUCCAUUCAAAUCACAAGAAAAUAAUGAUGCCCAUCAUGACCCUGGAAUCACCUGAUUAACUGGAAAUUAAUUUUCAUCUACAAUCAAUUUAAUUGUCAUUACUGUUUGUUUACUUUUCUUCAUCUACUUUCAAAGUUCAAUCAAAUGAGAAACCUAAUCAAUGCAUAGCCUUUAAUGUACAAAACUUUGUGACCCAUGAUGAUUUUUAAAUGCUAUGGACUAUGCUGAUUAGAGGGAUAGUUGACUUGGAAUUGUAAUCAAUUUCAAUUAUCAAACAAUUCAUUCAUUACCAUGAAUCACAAUCAUACCUCAUUUUAUGCAAUUGACUUGAAUUCCCACCUCCCACAUUUGAAUUAAUCGCAUAAACAUUCAAAUCAUUUGGGAUAUUCAUGAUAUGCAUACACAAUCAUAAUUAAUUAAUAUCUAAUCAAGGUCUAUACAAUGUUAGCUAAUUGUAAUAAUUUACCUAAAAAAUGUGAAUAAGUUCAAUCCAAUUGGUUAAUUGUUACUAACACCUUUCUUUAUUGUCUUCGUUUAUUCGUAGAGUUAAUUAGAAGCACUUUUCCUUCGUUAAUUUCCAUUAACCCAACAAUUAGCUUCCUAAUUUACUCUGAGUUUUUUUUCUCAAUUUCAUCUUGGUCACAAUUGUAACUAUUAACCUUAAUUAUUUGAUUCAUUUCUCAUCUCUAAAUGUUUGACCAAUUGACAAGAUGCACACACGUAAUACUAUCAGUUAACUAAUAUCUGAAUCAAUAACUAUUGUAAUAUAUUAUAAAUAUUCAAUAAUAACUUAAGUCUAACAAUUAAUAAUUGAUAUCAGACCAAUCAAAUUGAAAUAAAAUAAGUCAACAAUUUAAUCCAAUAACUUGA